AUGUUCUGUUGCAAAAUUUCAGAGCUGAAGGCUCCAACUUACAGCCCAGCCCAAGUUGACAACCCUAAGUUCUUGACACCCACCUCCACUCCUGUAUUCCCUCACUUGCCUUCACCGUUCCUCUCUUCCAAGGCUCGCGCCGUGCCUGCCAUUCCCCACCUCGCCGGUCGCCAUUCCCCACCCCGCCGGUCGCCAUUCCCCACCCCGCCGGCCACCGGUCGUCACUCCCCACCCCGCGCGUCGAUGGCGCCCGCUGGAGAUCGUGCUUCUGCUCCUGGAACGAAAGAGGGGCAAGGGGAGCAAGCCCAAGAUGAAGAGU